AUGGAACCUCCAUCUUCUACAGCCGUUGAAGUCGCCACUGCCAUGUCCGUCAUCACCCUUACCAACACCCUCACAUCCCCUCUCCUCCGCCUCCCCGCUGAGUUGCGCAACAAGAUCUAUAUCUACGUAGGCCACUCUGAACAGAUCCACAUUGCGGCGACCAUUACCAAUGCAAGCCCUGGCGAUCCAACCCGCAACCCUUCCAAAUUCACCAUGCAGUUCCACCUCCCAGGUCUCCUCUCCACCUGCCAACAGACCCGCUCCGAAGCUACCGCGCUCGUAUACGCCUAA